AGAUGAGUAUUCUUUCUGGACUUGGUCUACUGUUGCUUCUCCUAGGGCUCAGUGGGAUUAUUUAUAUCUACCAAACAGUCAGGUGGUUCCUGUCCAAGUCAGCAGUGCAGAACAAGGUGGUGGUGAUCACAGAUGCUGUCUCUGGACUAGGCAAGGAAUGUUCUCGUGUGUUCCACACAGCAGGAGCAAGGCUCGUGUUGUGUGGCAGGACAUGGGAGAAGUUAGAAGCCUUGUAUGAUGCUUUGAUCAGUGUGACAGAUCCCAGCACGACUUACGAACCAAAGCUGAUACUUCUGGAUAUCUCAGACAUAAACUGUAUUCGAGAUGUGGCUAAGGAGAUCCUGAACUGCUAUGGCUGUGUGGAUGUCCUGAUCAACAAUGCCAGUCUGAAAGUGAAAGGAGCAGUGCAGAGCAUUUCCCUGGAGCUUGACAGAAAGAUAAUGGAUGCAAACUAUUUUGGACCUAUAACAUUAACCAAAGCCCUUCUUCCCAACAUGAUCUCAAGAAGAACUGGCCAAAUUGUUCUCAUUAAUGGCAUCCAAGGCAAAAUAGGAAUCCCAUUUCGUGCAGCUUAUGCUGCUUCCAAACAUGCUGCUGUAGGGUUUUUUGACUGCCUUAGAGCUGAAAUGGAAGAAUUUGAUAUUUCUGUCAGCACUGUGAAUCCAACCUUCAUCUGCUCCUACCAUCGCCCACCAGCACCAGGCAACUGGGAGGCAUCGAUGUGGAAAUUCUUUUUCAGGAAGGUGGCCUAUGGUGUGCACCCAGUGGAGGUGGCAGAGGAAGUCCUGCACACAGUGAUCAGGAAGAAGCAGGAGGUUCUCAUGGCCAACCCCAUCCCCAGAGCAGCAGUUUACAUUCGAACCUUCUUCCCUGAGCUGUUUUUUGCCAUUGUUGCCUCAGGGAUUAGGGAAAAGCUGAAGACAGAAGAGGAAAAUUGACUUUGUUCAGUUCUUUUCCCUGUUUUUCACCUGAAAACAUUUAUGUUUCAAAUGUCAACAAUUCCUGC